AUGAAACUGAUUGUUGUAAGUAAUAGAUUGCCCAUCACAGUAAGCGAAGAUGACAAUGGAUUCAAGUACAAGAAAACAUCAGGAGGACUAGUAACAGGCAUUGAGGGCUUAUCAAAGCACAUAUCUUUUGUGUGGAUGGGGAAUAUUAGUGGAAUACCCUUAACUGAGGAAAAUAAAGCUACAAUCACCAAAGACUGCUGGGAAAAGUUUCACUCAGUCCCUGUGUUUAUCUCUCCAGAGACAAAUGAUAGGUGUUACAAUGGUUUCUGUAAUGCAAUUCUCUGGCCUACCAUACAUUCAUUUCCAGAUGACGUAUGUUUCGAUUUUUCAGAUUAUGAAGCUUAUAAAAAAUACAACAGUAUAUUUGCCAAAAAGAUUCUAGAAUCAUCAGACGAUGACGAUAUUAUUUGGGUACACGACUAUCAUCUUAUGUUAGUACCUGAAAUUCUCAGAAGGGAGAAGCCUUCUCUCAAGAUUAUGUUCUUCCUACAUACUGCAUUUUGUGAAUUUGAUCUGCUUUCUCCUUUGAUGUGCAGAAAAGAAAUCAUCCAAAGUAUCAGCCAAUGCGAUGUAAUGGGAUUUCAUGUGCCCGACUAUGCACUCAAUUUUAGAGAGGCAGCAGAGCGUGAAGGCAUUGACGUAGGCAACAAAAUUAGAGCCAUUCCCAUCGGCAUAGAUCCUGAACUAUUUAGAAAUUGUCUAAAGGAAGAGGAGACAAUCAAAAAAAUUAAAGAAUUCAAAAAAAGAUUUGCAGGCAAGAGAAUUAUUCUGGGUGUAGACAGAACAGACUAUAUUAAGGGUUUGCCAUAUAAAAUGAAGGGAUUCCAACGACUUUUAGCAAGGAAUCCAGAUUUGAUUGAUAAGGUAGUGCUUUUACAAAUAGCAAUACCCAGCAGACAAGACGUCAAAGAGUAUGCUUCCUACACCACAAAGAUGUCUGAAAUUGUUUCUAAAACAAAUGGGAUGAUAGGUUCUAUUGAAUCUACACCAGUUCACUUUCUCUUCAAUAGUGUUAGCCUUAAUGAACUUUGUGCAAUAUACUCGGUCAGUGAUAUGAUACUUAUAACGUCUAUGGCUGAUGGAAUGAACUUGGUAGCACUGGAGUAUGUAGCCUGCCAAGAUGAAAAUCACGGAUUAGUUAUUUUAAGCCAGUUUGCAGGUGCAUCUGCUACACUUCAAGGAUGUAUUGAGCACAAUCCAAGCAAUACUGAGGAGAUAGCCGAGGCCCUUGAGCAAGGAUUGAAGUUGACAAAAGAGGAAAGAAAAAAGAACCAUGAAAUGAACCGAAGAAAUGUUGAUAUGUUUACAUCACUGAAAUGGGCGGAGGAUAAUCUUGAGCAAGUGUGCAAAGAUUGGAGAAAGGCAAUUUCAAUACAAAAGGAUGAAAAUAAAUAA